AUGCCACUUUCAGCCCCAGCUGCAGACAGCAGGCAGAGAGCCUCAGCAGCAUUUUCCCUCAGCUGUCUGUCCCUGGUUCUCUCUGUUACAGCAUUCAGCAGCAGUUACUGGUGUGAGGGGACGAGGAAAGUUGCCAAACCCUUCUGCAGGGGGCAGAGCAAAGGGGAGCGCUGCAUCCGCUUCAACAGCCCCGCCGCCAACGACAGCAGCGCCGUGCAGUACAUCUGGGAGACAGGAGAUGACAAGUUCAUGGACAGGAAGUUUCAUGCUGGCAUUUGGUAUUCCUGUGAAGAAAUAAUAAAUGAGGAAGGUGAGAAUUGUAGAAGUUUCCUCAGUCUGACCCAAGCUGCUGAUCGAGGGGUUUUGUGGUUGUCUAUUGUAGCAGAGCUCCUGUACAUCACUUUGCUUCUGAUGGGAGUCAUUCUGAUGUCAGUAGAAAUGUGCCUCUGCAGCACUGUCACCCACGGGCUGAAGAUCAACGCCUUCUCUGCACUGGUCACCGUGCUGGCAGGUCUUCUGGGCAUGGUUGCUCACAUGAUGUACACAACUGUCUUUCAAAUGACUGUAAACCUUGGUCCUGAAGACUGGAGGCCUCACACAUGGGAUUAUGGCUGGUCCUACUGCCUGGCAUGGGCUUCCUUUGCCUGCUGCAUGGCCGCAGCUGUCACCACCAUUAAUAAAUACACAAAGACUCUGCUGGAAUUCAAGCACAAGAGAAAAAUGCUGGAAAGGAGCAUCAAGAUUGAGUACAAGUUUCCUGCCCAGACAGCUCCAGAGAAAGCCUACAAUGCCUCUGUGAAGUCUUUCCACAGCAGUACAGAGGACCCUGCACACCCAGCGAGGGGCCUGCGCCACCUGGCCACCAUCUCUGUUCUGUGA